AAACAAUGUUAUUCAUGUUUUGAAUCCAACUUUUGAUAACUAUAAGAAGGACCAUUUCCACUUGGUUUUGCCAGCCUCAAACAAGUAACUCUUUAUCGUUCACCAAACAUCUCAUAUCUAGAGAGAGAAACAAAAUACUCUAUUUAAAAUCAUAUACAUUCAUACAUACAUACAUAGGUGUACGAAUAUCUCUCAAAUCAAGAAAGAAAAUGAAGGGAGUAGAAAAGCAAAGCGGAAAGGUGGAUAAACUGAAGCCAAUAUUAGCGAUCAUAUCACUCCAAUUCGGAUAUGCAGGCAUGUACAUCAUAACUAUGGUAUCCUUCAAGCAUGGUAUGAACCAUUGGAUCCUUGCUACCUACCGACAUGUCGUUGCCACCAUUGUUAUGGCUCCUUUUGCCCUCAUUCUCGAGAGGAAAAUAAGGCCUAAGAUGACAUGGCCAUUGUUCUUUAGGAUUCUUGCCCUCGGAAUUCUUGAACCGCUUAUGGACCAGAACUUCUACUACAUAGGAAUGAAAGCCACGUCUGCAACGUACAGUUCUGCCUUUGUUAAUGCACUUCCCGCCGUCACUUUCAUAUUGGCCGUCAUUUUCAGGUUAGAAACUGUAAAUUUGAAGAAGAUACGCAGUCUUGCAAAGGUGAUUGGAACAGCAAUAACUGUGGGAGGAGCGAUGGCGAUGACUUUGUACAAGGGUCCAGCCAUCGAGCUUGUCAAGGCCGCUCAUACUUCUUUUCAAGGGAGUUCCUCCUCCGAGACCACCGACCAGCACUGGGUUACCGGAACCCUAGCAGUUAUGGGUAGUAUCAUCAGUUGGGCUGGUUUCUUCAUUUUACAAUCAUUCACGUUGAAAAAAUAUCCGGCGGAGCUUUCACUCGUGAUGUGGAUUUGCGGCAUGGGGACGAUCUUAAACGCAGCUGCUUCGCUCGUGAUGGUGCGUGACUUGAGCGCGUGGAAAAUAGGUAUGGACUCGGGCACACUCGCGGCUGUUUACUCCGGAGUUGUAUGUUCUGGGAUGGCGUAUUACAUACAAAGCAUUGUGAUUAGGGAACGAGGCCCAGUGUUUACAACGUCGUUUAGUCCUAUGUGCAUGAUCAUCACUGCUUUCCUUGGUGCGUUAGUUUUGGCCGAAAAGAUUCAUCUUGGAAGUAUAAUUGGGGCGAUUUUGAUCGUCUUUGGGCUAUACAUCGUCGUGUGGGGAAAAGCUAAGGACGAAGUGAUGUCGGUAGAGGAGAAAAUAGGAAUGCAGGAGCUUCCGGUCACCAACAUAUUGAACACAACCGAGGGUGGUGGUAUUCCUAUUGCACUAGACAAAGGUGUGGCAAACCGUACUUAGCCUCAAUUAAGCAAUCAAAGAAACAAAAAGAUGCCAUCAAUUUUUUAACACCAAAUUUCCAACAAGGGGAAAUUUGUUAUCUUUCUUGUUUGUUUUACUAUGCUAUUUACGUUUCCAAGUCGUCGGUGUUUAUUGUUAGAUUAUAGUAUAUAAGUAAUAUGUUGUACCGUUUUCGAUUUUUGGAAUGAACAAAAUCUCAGUUUGGUGAAUUUACGAAACGUAAUUAGCUUGUUUAGUUUGAAGUAAAAUGUUAAUCGCUAGACUCCAAAUAUAAGCUUUU